UUCGAAGACCGUUCCAACGAUUUGUCUUGGCUAGAACACAUGUGUUCUGGGCUAGAUAUAAAUAGCGAAUGUUUAAAUCGAAUAAUCAUCAAAUUUAGAUCUAACGUUCAAGCGAACAGUUUCAGCUCCACGAUUUAAAGACCAACCAAUCAUGAAGUGCAUCGUCGCUGCAGUCAUCUUGGCCAUGGCCGUUGUAUCGGAAGCAAGCGUAAUCCCGUGGGGAUGGCCACAUGCCGGGCUUCCUGCUGCCGUUCCGGUUGCAGCGUGGCCAGCUGCCGGAUGGCCGCAUGUCGGUGCUUGGCCCGCUGCAGCUCCCUGGGCUGCUCAUGGCCAUUUGGCCGCACCCUGGGCUGGUCCGGUGCUGGCUGCCCAUCAUGCCCCGGUAGGCUCCGUAGCCCAUCAUGCAGGAGUCGUUCCCGGUGCUACCUCCGUCACUGCCAACCGUGGAUCUGUGCAUGUUGCGCCACUUCCAGGACAUGCCGUGUCCCAGCAACAGCUCAAUCUCGCUCCAGCCCCUGGAACCAUCUAAGUUGCUCUAUAGUCAGGGAACGAGCGGAUUACGAUUGACCACCGAACUGAGCGAUGCAACGAGAUUCUCCGAGGACGACUUGUGCAAUCGGCGGAACGUUAGGAACAAGUGAUAUACUCAUUAGUCGAUAAGUGAGAGUGAACGCGAAGUUUAUACGAGAUUUGUAUUUACACCGAGCAAGGUUGGAAUAAAAAUGUAUCUCAUUUUUAUGACAAA